UUAUCAUGUGCCAGUAAACGUCAAGAAAUUAAGUGGGAUAUUUCUCUCAUUCUAAUCAUAACUUCUUCUUCUUCUUCCUUUUUUUCUUCUCUCAUCACAAUUUACUCACACAAAACAAUGGGUGUUCUUGAUCAUAUAUCUGAUAUGUUUGAUUGCUCUUCUGAACACUCAAAGCACAAAAGACGCAAACAAUUGCAGACAGUGGAGAUAAAAGUGAAGAUGGACUGUGAAGGGUGUGAGAGGAAAGUGCGAAGGUCUGUUGAGGGAAUGAAAGGAGUUUCAUCUGUAACAAUCGAGCCUAAACAGCACAAGCUGACAGUAGUAGGCUAUGUAGAUCCAGAGAAAGUUGUGGCUCGUGUAGCCCAUCGCACAGGUAAGAAGGCAGAGAUUUGGCCCUAUGUCCCAUACGAUGUCGUUGCUCAUCCUUAUGCACAGGGUGUCUACGAUAAGAAGGCUCCUGCUGGAUACGUGCGAAGAGAUGAUUUCCAAACGAACCAACUUGCUCGUGCUAGUUCUACUGAAGUUCGCUAUACUACUGCCUUUAGCGACGAGAAUCCUGCAGCCUGUGUGGUCAUGUGAACUAUAUUAUUAUGAAUCUACUACUCUGUUAUUGUUAAAUUUGGUUUGGUUUUGAUCAUACUCUUAAAUUUUAUCAUUAUUGUACGUACUGUAUUGAGUAUCCUGUUGUUGAAAGACAAAAUGGAGUACUGAAACUCGUUAAAUUGGCUGUUUACCGUAGAUUGCAGGGAGUAAGAAAACUGUACAUGUCAAGUGAUUUCUUUGUCAUUGAACUUUUCUGUUUACAA